UCAUAAUCUUCAAUCCUCAUACCACCUUUCAACUGGUCUCUCUGUUCAUCCGCAAACACCUCUCUUUCUCAACAAUGGCGAUGGCUUUCAAGAUGGCAACCACUGGAAUGUGGGUGGCUGAUGAAUGCAAGAACUCGUUCAAGGAGAUGAAGUGGAAGAAGGUUCACAGGUUCAUAGUGUUCAAGAUCGAUGAGAAAUCAAGAUUGGUUACCGUCGAUAAGGUUGGUGGCCCCGGCGAGGGCUACGAUGAGCUUGCUGCUUCCUUGCCCAAUGAUGAUUGUAGAUAUGCUGUUUUUGAUUUCGACUUUGUCACCGUCGAUAAUUGCCGGAAGAGCAAGAUCUUCUUCAUUGCAUGGUCUCCAGCAGCAUCAAGAAUCAGAGCAAAAAUGCUGUAUGCAACCUCCAAAGCUGGAUUGAGGAGAGUGCUGGACGGUAUCCACUAUGAACUUCAAGCAACUGACCCAACUGAGAUGGGAUUUGAUGUCAUUAGGGACAGAGCCAAAUAAAUAUUAUUAACAAAUAAUUUAAUAUUUACAUUAGCUUAAAUAAUUAUAUAACAUAAAAUUAUGUAUUAGCUUUAUUAUCAUCUUACUUUCUCUUUUUUUUUUUUUAAAUCUGUAAUAAUUACAAUAAUAAUAAUUAUCAUUAUUAUCUGUCC